AUGGAUGAGGAUAAUACCAAUAGCAACAGCAACCAGAAUGUGGCUAUGGAGCAAGAGGCGAUAGUAUCUCGGUUUGCCUCUUUGAUGGUCUCCCAAGCAAGCGACUUGCCGCCGCAGCCUAUGAAUGAGUGGGUCAAGAAUGACCUUCUACGAUGCUUGGGCGAUUCGUUGAGUGAUGAUGUGGUUGUUUGUACUUUGCCUUGCCUGGACGUGAAAGUAACAGAGAACAGUGAAAAUCCUCUCCCCGAGGUUGGACAACACAUGGGUGAGAAAGAGAGAGCCGCAAGCAUGAAGGACCAAAGUGGUCUCCAUCCCAUCAUGGAAGCCUCGGUACUUAGCUCUGGAGCAGAAGCGACUACGGACGGUGCAACGAAGGAAGUAGUGGAGAAGAAGCCCACACAGACGACUACCUGCAACACUUCCUCCUGGACAAAGGCAACGAUCGAGAAUGCGCCGAGUGCACUGUUGAAGAAUGUCGCGGAUUCCUUCUCCUCCCUUGUGGAUUCUCGGGUGCGAUCUUGGACGUUGCUCAUGCUGAAACAGUCUUUAUCGUCGGGAGACAGCGCAAGUCGCACGAAUCUGCUAAAGAUGCUCUCUGCUACCAUCAAGGUCGCCUCUUCGAUGUCGACGUUUAAGACUCUUCCGUUGCCUCCCAGUGCUGGAGGCCAAUCGAAAGAGGCCGACGUAAUUCUACCCCUCAUUUUUGAGGUCGCGAUCACUAUCUCCGUCGGUGACAAGUCCGAGCAAGUUACUCUUCGAGCACCGGGAACUGUUUCAGGUAAUUUUGCACCGGAGAGCCCGAAAGGACUUUCAAAAGUUGACAUUCGAUUGGACUCCAAAGCACUUCUUGGAUCCAUGGCAGAUAAGGCCCGUCUAGUAGUUUUCAAGACAGUGGCAAAUGUCACAUCGGCAGAUUUGAAAGCCAAAAAGGCCGAAGCCGAAAAGCCGUCGGCUGCUCCCAUUGGUGCGCUUUCCGGUGGAUUCAGUAGUUCAUUGAGGUUGACUACGGUGCAAGCCACCAAUUCUCCGCGGUUGGCAAAGGCACGACAUUCUGCACUCAAACUAAAUAGCGUUUUGCAAGGCACAACAGCUGGCAAGAAUGCCGAUUCGGGUGGGAUCAGGAAGCAGCGUUCUGUUCAAUGGGAUCAUCCAAUGGAGCUGCCAACCAUCAAAGGUUCCAGUUCGACGCCGCCAGAGCCCAAAAAGGCACGAGUUGCGCAGACUGCUACCCGUCUAAAGAGUUUCAAAUCGUUUGGACGGCCUCACGCUGAAGAUUCAGCGGCAGGCCCCAGAAACGCCACAUUUGGCAAUUUUGGCCGCGGACCUAUAUGGGGACGGGAUGGCAAGUUGGCAAAUCAUCCGAUGCCAGUCAAUGCAUUGGAGAGACAGCGUAUGGAUCUUAUGGGUGCCAAAGUUACAGGCAGCGUCAACGCGACAUUUGGAUCACCUACGUCCAUUAAUCCUCCUUCUAGAUUAACCGCAGCGGGCAGGUCGGGUAGCAGUGGCAACAUGUCAGCAAGGCUUCCAAGCAGCAUUCCAAGAACUGCCACUGCAUUGGAGAGUUGGUUGCUCAAUGCCUCGGGUGGCAGUUGA